AUGUCUAGAAAUGGGAAUUUUAUUGAUAAGACCUUUUCAGUUGUGGCCAAUAUCUUAUUACAAAUAAUUCCGACAACUUCAGGAGAAAAAGAGGCAUUUACUUAUUACAGAGAUGGGAUGUCAGCUCAAUCUGAAGGAAAUUAUGCGGAAGCUUUACAGAAUUAUUAUGAAGCUAUGCGACUAGAAAUCGAUCCCUACGAUCGAAGUUAUAUACUCUAUAAUAUAGGCCUUAUUCACACAAGUAAUGGAGAACAUACGAAAGCUUUAGAAUAUUAUUUUAGGGCACUAGAACGAAACCCAUUCUUACCACAAGCUUUUAAUAAUAUGGCAGUGAUCUGUCAUUACCGGGGAGAACAAGCCAUUCGACAGGGAGAUUCUGAAAUUGCGGAGGCUUGGUUCGAUCAAGCCGCUGAGUAUUGGAAACAGGCUCUAACGCUUACUCCUGGGAAUUAUAUUGAAGCGCAUAAUUGGUUGAAGAUCACGGGGCGUUUCGAAUAA